AAUCAACCAACAACACCAAACAUUUUUUUUCUCAUCGCACUUCCUUGGUGGAGGUCUCUGCCCCUGAUAAUAUAUCUUGGCUUGAUUCCGCUCAUUGUAUUCUUGGGUACUCGUACUCCUGCUGUCAUUGCCGCGGCCAAGAUGCUGCAAUUGCCGUGGGAUGUGCUAGCCAUGGUCUGCGAGGAGCUCGAGAGGCGACAAGAUUUCGGAACUCUGUUCAACUGUUCAUUGACUUCCAAGUCCCUCGUAUACCCUGCUCUUAGCGGGUUGUACAAGUAAGUCUAAAGAGCCCGUCCUUGAUACCUCAAACGGGCGGUUGACAAACGACAGAAUCCAACACGAGUCACCCAUUACCAACGAAGAUAACGAUGCCGAGUAUGCGAGGGUCCAGCUGCUUCCACCACAGGCACGCGAAGACUUCCGGAAUCGCGUCAAGAGGAAGUGGGCUCUGCUCUGGAAGUCGAUUGUUCGAAGCAGCCUCGGCGCUACAUACUUGCCAUACGCACUCUACAUUAAAGUAUUAGAUCUCCGAAAUCUUGUAGAACUUCUACAAGACCUUUGGUUUAGAAGAAUCGGGUUUGAGUUUUUCUUCGUAGAUGAUAUGGCAAAGUUUCUCAUUCAUAUAGACAAACUCCCACCCGCCAAGAAGACAAGGACUGGUGGCAAGAAGACAGCAUAUACCGACGCAGACCAACAACUGAUACUCAAUGCGGUCGGCGAAUCGAUUACCAGCUUUGUUUAUGAUUCGGCGGUCAAGGGUGGCUUUGAAGCCGCUCUCGAGGAUAUUGCAGGCGACAUUAGUACGGUUUCCUUGUCCAGGUAAGUCGCCUUCUUGUGGUUGUCCUUGGAGGAGUCUUUCCUAUAGAUUUGGGAUUUUCUGUCAAUCUUCAUCAUGGGAUCUAAACCGAGUCCUCCUAAAGCUUUGGAUAGUCUGCAUAGAUCAUUGUGUGUUUUCUUUCAAGGGGCUCUCUAUUGCGACUAUGUUAUCUCCGUUGAAGAAGGAAGCUGACAUCAAGUUUUUGGUACCAGAUGGGCUGGCAAAUUGUCCAAAUUGAAGAGUAUGACUCUGUGGAACGGAAGCGCUCUGAAUUCAGCUGUAGCUACGUCUAUUGCCAGCAAGUGCUUUGGUUUCAAUGACCUUAGUUUCCUCUACUAUAUUCCUGGAGAUGACUCUAUGGAUAGCGGCGACACUAGACUUGCCUCAUUUUUCUCAUCUCUUAGGGCUGAUAGUCUUGAGUCCUUUGGAGCCUUGGAUGCAAAGCAGAUUGGUCCUGAGACGAUACUUUCUUUAAAUCACCACUCGGCGUCCUUGAAGUCUUUGAAACUCCUUGAAAUGGACAUACAGGGGUUGAAGAAUCUCAAUCUUCUGAAGGGUUGUGAUAAACUUCACUCUCUCGAACUUACUACAGCUAGAACCGCGAGUUACGUCGAUCUUGAGGCUACCGAGAAUGAUGUCUUCCUAGAGGUUAUCGAUUGGAUGGGGAAGUGUGCUAACCUUCAGGAUAUACACUUUGCGUUGCUGAGCGGCCCUGCCAUAUUAACUCACGUCUGCAUGGCGAGUGGUCUCCGAUUACGAAGUAUCACGGUAACUGACUGUUCGCUCGUCAACAAUCAAAAUUUUCACAAGGCCCUUUCGCAUCAAACAUCUCUGGAAAAACUCACCUUGACUGCGGACCCCGAAGGUGCCUUUGGGGACGAUAUCGAGGUCCUUGUAAGCUCCAUUUGUCAACUGAAGAAACUCAAGGAGCUACAACUCGUCAACACAUCGGAUUUCUUUAGUUCUCAUCACAUUACAAGAUUGGCAUCCAACCUUUUAAAUCUCGAAACCUUCUACUUCUCGGGUUACGACGUUGGUGAUCAGAUCUGGGAUGCUAUGGCUGGCUUAGCACGUCUUCAGAGUAUCUACACAUUUGGAGUGACAUCCUUUACCCGCGAAGGAAUUCUCAAAUUCAUUGACAUGUUGAAGCCCUCCAAUCGAGGUUUAGUAUUGGCCAUUCUUUCACAAAAUCCACAAUACGUUAUGGGCGAAGAAGACAAACUUUACAUUCAAGAAAGACUCGCUGCCAAGGGUGGGGAGAAAUUCGAAUUCGUUUUGUACAGAGAAGAAGAUGUCAGUGGGUCUGAUUUGUCUGAUUGAGAAAUUUGUCUCUUUGGGCGGCGGCCAGUGCGAUGUUUGUUGGCGUUUUUGGUUUCAAAAUUGCACGCAGGGUAUACCGAUUGUUUUGGCGCAGGAGCUGUAAUGGAGUUUCGAGGGGCCCUUUUUUGCCAAUCUAUCUACUUGCCAAAAUUUGCCGGCAUAAUAAUGUUCGUUGGGUGGCUGGAAUGACCUUUCUCUUCAAAGUCAGUUGCAUGCUAUGGAAUUGGUUGGACAACCUUACAUUUUGCUGGAACAAUAAGAGCGGCAUACAACGUUCUGCUUUUGUAGUGUAGCAUACAUAAUAAAAAGUAGACACAGC